AUGACCUCUCCCAAUCUCCCCUCAUUUUCAAUGUUCAACACCACCCAUGCCGGUCAACAUGGCCAGUUUCAGCCUGCUCCACCGUCCGUUGUCGUCUCUCCUCGAGUGCAUGAGACACUGCCUACGGCCACGAUGCCUGCGAUGACUGACCCUGACAUGCAGAGGAGCCUCGGCGAGUUGAUCAGUCAUGACCACUUUGAACACUACUAUCUCAUAAUCUAUUCCUACCUGGAUACCUCUGCCGAGAAUUGGCAACGCAUCGUCUACAUCCGCGCCAUGAAAGGCGAAGAUGCUGAAGUCUGGCUGCAACAUCAUCGAUCCAUAUUCGAUACACCUCCACCAGAUAUAUUCAACUUAAUUGCCGACCUCCGGCAUAACAAGAGCUGGGAAACCUCGAGAGCGGUGAUUCUCUCUCGGGUUAAGAAUUCCCGGCAGAACCACGAUCGCUCCUUGCCUCGUCGUCCACGUCGGUCUCGUAGGGUGACUUCUGGAUCGCAUCUGACCCCCAAUACGCCGUACACGCCGUCCACACGGUCGAGAUCCCGGGACAGUCAUCUCCGAACCAGUCACUCUCGCCCGUCUCUCGAGCUUUCCGGCUCCGGUUACCGUCAACCAGGUCGUCGUGUGGAACCCGACAACUUUGAAGAAAGCCCUACGCCAGCGUAUACCCACGUGUCAACGGCGAGCGCGAGCCGCACCGCUCCUGAAGGUUGUCGUUAUCAUUGUUCAUCGAGGAAUUGCAGAAAAGACUUUGCUCGUCAAGGAGAUCUUGAGAAUCACCUAGACAAGUGCCACCCCGAAUUGAAUACACUGUUCCCUUUGUCCAACCCGCGGGCGUACCUUCGACCUGUGUCUCAGACCAUCCGACAUACCGGUCCAGAUGUGUUCCAGGAUGACCCGAUCGCCUUGCCGGUACCGGGGAAUGGGGUGGUGCCGAACGCCAUGCAUUCAUUCCACAUGUCUGCCGAUAUGCACACGCACACGCACACAGCAGCCCAGAUCCCUUCCCAAGCUGGUGACGAUGCUUGUGAUACCCUUAGCGCGGAUACUGUUCGCGCGAUGUCGCGCGAUGUUAUGGGUGCCAUCGGACAGGAUAUCCCCCGCAAUGUCCAAACGAUGAUCGGUUCUCCAUUCACCAGCACUGGCGCCCAGAUCAGCCACAAUCCAGGUUAUGAGGUGCAACAUGAUCUUGGCGACGGUGACCGGGGCGUGUUUUCCGUCCAGAAUAUUGCAAACUUUUCGAAUUUUCCCGAUUCAUAUUAUGAGAAUAACCCUUUUAUGCAAGGAGGCUAG